GGUUGUUUGUAAACCUUCAGUUCUUUUAUCACGUGCAUGAAAAACGCUUAAAAACGCAUUGCACCCGCAUGAUAAAAACUGAACAACUGACUGCAAUUGCAAACAAAACUGAACUGGCUUGCAAAAUCGCUCAUUUUUCACUGAACCCAUCCGGACACGCUCGUUUGCAAGGGGCCUAAUAAGCGCAACUUCUUGGUCUGUACAGAUCACAUUACUGCAGUUAUCUGCUUAUCUGUCUUUCUAAUCCUGUCUGUAAUAUCCUAUAGAUAAGUUAGCAUCCACCAUUCAUAGUAGGUGAUAUCACAGCUUAUCUUCUCCCUCCGGAACUCUGCACAGGUCACAGAACAUGCCUAGAAAACUGUCCCAUAGACGUCAAUGAGGUCUCCUCCUGAACAUUGUGUCUAAAUGCUGUUAAGAGCAGCUCAGGCAAGAUGGCCGCCCCCAUAUUCAUGUUCAGGGAAUAGAAUACAUAAAUCUGCAAUCAAAAAAUUAAAAUCAGAUUCGAAAAAAAAGGAGACUUAUUACUAUCUGGUUUAAACUGGCAGAUACAAUUUUUGGCCUUUAAGGCCCCAUGCACACAUCUGAAUCGUAUUGGCCCCCGUGGGCUUGAGGUAUCAUGCCCUGUUGGGUGCAUGUAUGUUAUGUUCCAAGCAAUGCUUGUUAGGAAGAAUGCUCCCAUCGGAGCAUGCUGAGGUGUAUUUUCUUUUGGAUUCUGUAUGGAAGUAUGCAAAUGGACCGUACCUCUCUAUGGGAGCCAUAUUGCACUCUGUACAGUUCAGAGAUUGUACGAAGCUGUAUAGAAUAGGGCAGAGUUUCCCAUUGGAGUCAAUAGUGUGUGGCAUGGGAGGGACAGAGAUGAAGAAAGGCCGUGUUCACAUCUUCCAUCUUUAUUGCUGUUGCUCUGCUCUGGUAGGCUACCUGCAUGCAGGGGCAGGUUUCAGAAUUAUGGGGGAGAUUUAUAAAACUGGUGUAAAGUAGACCUGGCUUAGCUGCCCAUCCGCAAACAAUCAGAUCCUUCCUUUUAAUUUUCCAAGGGAGCUGUGAAAAAUGAAAGCUGAAAUCUGAUGCUAUGGAAAACUAAGCUAGCUCUACUUUACACCCGUUUGAUAAAUUACCCCCUAUGUGUUUUCUCUCCACGUGUUCCCACCCAAAAAAACACGUUUUUUGCAGCACAGAUCUCAUCCUUGCAUUGAGAAGGGUGAAAUCUGCACAAAAAAAAUCACACAAUUUCAAAAUCCACACUACAGGUCAAGUAUACAUGGGAUUUCUCUAAUCUCAUACUCUUUGCCGGUACUGUAUUACGCUGUGGUUUUUUUUUCCCCACAUGAAAAUCCACGUGGAAGAACCAGUCCGCAAGGUGUGCAGGGAGCAUUACUGGAGCAGAACGACGGAAAUAAUGGAAGUGCCAGUUCUGUCCUAUAACGGACACAAGCUGUGCGCAGUGAACCCCAAUGACUGAUGGAGUACGCCAGAUUUCGGUCAGGCAAACCUGCAUUUUAAGGUGAAGGUAAGAGCAAAGAAGCAGAAAUUAAAAGAAUCAAUAAGGAGCUGGCCAAUAUACGGUCCAAAUUUAAGGGAGACAAAGCCCUGGAUGGCUACAGUAAGAAGAAAUAUGUGUGUAAGCUCCUCUUCAUCUUCCUGCUUGGACAUGACAUUGAUUUUGGGCACAUGGAAGCGGUAAACUUGUUGAGCUCAAAUAAGUACACAGAGAAGCAAAUAGGUUAUCUUUUUAUAUCUGUCCUGGUGAAUUCCAACAGUGAGCUUAUUCGUCUUAUUAACAAUGCCAUCAAGAAUGACCUGGCUAGCCGUAACCCCACCUUCAUGUGCCUGGCAUUGCAUUGCAUCGCUAACGUUGGCAGUAGAGAAAUGGCAGAAGCAUUUGCAUCAGAGAUCCCCAGGAUUCUUGUUGCCGGUGACACAAUGGAUAGCGUGAAGCAGAGUGCUGCCCUGUGCCUGUUAAGACUAUACAAGACCUCGCCUGACCUUGUGCCAAUGGGUGAAUGGACGUCACGGGUGGUUCAUCUACUGAAUGAUCAGCACAUGGGAGUGGUGACUGCAGCUGUAAGCCUCAUUACCUGCCUCUGCAGGAAGAAUCCUGAUGACUUCAAGACCUGCGUCUCUUUGGCAGUCUCUAGGCUUAGUAGGAUUGUGUCUUCAGCCUCAACCGACCUGCAGGAUUACACAUAUUACUUCGUCCCGGCACCAUGGCUUUCUGUAAAGUUGCUGCGCCUUCUCCAGUGUUACCCUCCACCUGAGGAUGCAGCUGUAAAAGGACGACUUGUUGAAUGCCUGGAGACCAUCUUGAACAAAGCUCAGGAGCCCCCAAAGUCAAAGAAAGUGCAGCACUCCAAUGCAAAGAAUGCCAUACUUUUUGAGGCUAUUAGCCUUAUUAUACAUUAUGACAGCGAACCCAACCUUUUGGUUAGAGCCUGCAACCAGCUGGGUCAGUUCCUGCAACACAGAGAGACUAACCUGCGAUAUUUGGCUUUGGAAAGCAUGUGUACGCUGGCCAGUUCUGAAUUCUCACAUGAAGCCGUGAAGACGCACAUAGAAACAGUCAUUAAUGCUCUAAAGACAGAGAGAGAUGUCAGUGUCCGGCAGCGAGCUGCAGAUCUCUUGUAUGCAAUGUGUGACCGUACAAAUGCUAAGCAGAUUGUGUCUGAAAUGCUGAGCUAUCUGGAAACAGCAGAUUAUUCUAUCCGGGAGGAAAUUGUGUUGAAAGUAGCCAUCUUAGCUGAGAAGUAUGCAGUGGAUUACAGCUGGUAUGUGGACACAAUUCUGAACCUGAUUCGGAUCGCUGGUGAUUAUGUCAGUGAAGAGGUUUGGUACCGUGUUAUCCAGAUUGUCAUAAAUCGGGAUGAUGUCCAAGGCUAUGCGGCCAAAACUGUAUUCGAAGCUCUACAGGCUCCUGCGUGUCAUGAGAACAUGGUUAAAGUUGGGGGUUAUAUCUUAGGAGAAUUUGGUAACCUUAUUGCCGGAGACCCUAGGUCAAGCCCUCUGGUGCAGUUCAACCUCCUGCACUCUAAAUUCCAUCUGUGCAGCGUAUCGACCCGUGCCCUUCUACUGUCCACUUAUAUAAAGUUCAUCAACCUCUUCCCUGAAACAAAACCCACUAUCCAAGAUGUUCUGCGCUCCGAUAGCCAAAUUAGAAAUGCAGACGUGGAGCUCCAGCAGAGGGCAGUAGAGUACCUUAAGCUCAGCUCUAUUGCAAGCACAGACGUCCUGGCUACAGUGCUGGAAGAGAUGCCCCCUUUCCCUGAAAGAGAGUCUUCUAUCCUGGCCAAGCUUAAGAAGAAGAAGGGACCUGGUGCUGUCAACGAGUUAGAAGAAGGGAAGAAGGACCAGAAUGCUGAAAUUAACGGUGGAGUGGAAGCCACACCAAGUACUGCAUCUACUCCUUCACCAUCUGCUGAUCUCCUGAAUUUGAGGAGUGCCCCUGUCACAGGAUCAGCAGCACCAAGUGCUGGCAAUCUCCUGGUGGAUGUGUUUUCAGAUACACAGUCUGCCACUGCCUCGCUAGCUCCUGGUGCUGAGGACAACUUUCUCAGCUCUGGCUCUGCUGUGUCCGAGGAUCCUGCUUUACCUAUCGCUGAGGCUGAUGAGCUGCUAAACAAAUUUGUGUGCAAGAAUAAUGGAGUUCUAUUUGAGAACCAGCUUUUGCAGAUUGGGGUGAAGUCUGAAUUCCGCCAGAACCUGGGUCGUAUGUAUCUGUUCUAUGGUAAUAAAACUUCAGUGCAGUUCCAGAGCUUUACUCCCACUGUGUCAUAUCCAGGUGACCUGCAGAAUCAGCUUAAUAUUCAGACCAAACCAGUUGACCCUAUGGUGGAAGGAGGGGCACAAGUACAGCAGGUGUUGAACAUUGAAUGCUUGACAGACUUUGAUGAUGCCCCUCUUAUUAAUAUUAAGUUCAGAUAUGGAGGAACAUUACAAAACAUCACAUUGAAACUACCGAUUACCGUUAACAAGUUCUUUCAAUCUACUGAGAUGCCGUCCCAGGACUUCUUCCAGCGCUGGAAACAGCUUAGCUUACCACAACAAGAAGCGCAGAAGAUUUUUAAAGCCAACCAUCCCAUGGAUUCUGAAGUGACGAAAGCAAAGUUAUUGGGCUUUGGCACUGCACUGCUAGAAAACGUGGAUCCUAAUCCAGACAACUAUGUGGGUGCUGGCAUAAUCCAGACAAAGUCUGUACAUGUUGGAUGUUUGCUGCGCUUAGAACCCAAUAUCCAAGCUCAGAUGUACCGACUUACACUGAGAACCAGCAAAGAAAGUGUUUCCAAGCACCUAUGUGAGCUUUUAUCCAAGCAGUUUUAAGCCGACAAGAAUGUGAUUGCUAAAGACAGUAAAACUGGCAAACACUACAAGGAGGGUUUACCAUGCAUCAAGCAAAUGUGUGUCUGUGUGCAUGUGAUGGCAGAGGUGCCACCUCAAGGCUCAUCUCUGCAGAUUCUUUAUUUUGUGUGUGUGUGUGUGUGUGUGUGUGUGUGUGUGUGUGUGUGCGUGUGCGUGGUCUACGUCCAGUAAAGUCCCAGAGACUUUAGAACUUGUAAAAAAAAGAGACAAAGACAAGAGUAACUAUUAAUAUUCUUAUCGUCAUAAGAUGUGUGGUUGUUCUAAUAGAUUUUGUCGUUCUUUCUGUGACUAUAAAUUUACUAGACUGAAAGGGAUGCAUGAUGACGAGGAACCCCAGAAAUGCAGACAGAGGGUACCUCUGCCCAUGCCGCCUCUGGAUGUACUGUGGAUAAGGGAUCAGAAGUCUGCAUGCUGACCCACAGGCUUGUCACUUGCUGAACAGUGGAAAUGCUGCUUAUUAGACGGACACUUAGACUAAUCCUGAAGGUUUUUUCACAGUUUACAUGUGGAGACUGAAGCAGCAGUCACUUGUAUUCUUACUUUAGUAUUUUCUCCCCCAUGUGCUCACUCUUUUCAUGUUUCUGCAAGAGGAGUCCUCUAUGGGUUUCAGUAAAUGGUGAUCUGCAUUUUAGCACUUCCACCAUUAUUGAGCUUUGGUGUAGAGCGAGUGACAGAAGGUAGGUGACCAGGAUUUCAUUAAGAUUUAUGGGAUCUCUAUAAGAACAACUUUGCCAAAUUCAGUGUGGAAAUUCUGAAGGACACCUCUAGAAGGGAAAGUCACUAUCACAUACCGUAUAUGCAAGACCAUUUUUCUGUCCAUUGGGUCCCUGUGCCAGUGAACUAGUGAGGUGAGGAAUGUGUCCCCAUAGUCUGUCCAAGUAAAAAUGAGUGUUGCUGUACAUUGCAUCUUCGUUUUUGGGACUUGCUGCUUAGAUGAACCCCACUUUUCCUCAGUGUGUUCUCGUGUCGGUGCGGUUAUGUCGGCCUUUGUUGAAGCAUUCCAUGCCCCUGUAUUGUAUCCAGUGAUUUCUCACUGACCUUUUACCUCGUAUAGUCAUUCCAAGUUUGCACAAGCAUAUGUCUGACCCAUCUUUCUUGGUGUUUCUCUUCUGGGGCUCUUAAUCCUUCACCCUAACUUUUCAAGGGGGUGUUACAUAUCAUAGUUUUAGUCAAAAGUACUAGCCCAGCACUGUAAAAACUUAUGAAGGCUCAAUAUCACAUUCUCAUAUCCGCAUAUGAUGUCCAUCUCGUAACUGCUUACUCAGUUGCUGCAGGUUCUCAUUACCUCCCCAUGAUAGCUUUUUAAACCUGCCUUGCAAUUUUGUGCUUUAUUUUGUUUUUAGUCUCAUUUAUGGCUUGUAAUUGCCACAUUUUUUUCUUUUUAAGAUGAUUUUUUAUUUUUUACCUACCAUUGUAUAUAGGUAUAUAUAAAUAUAUAAGAUAUUAUAUAAAUGUUAAUACAUAAUCAAGAGGUACAUAGAUAACAACAUCAAGAAUUCCAUCCCUGCACAUCCCCGAAUUGGACGUCACACACGACCAGCCCAGUGAAACUCACUCCUCCAAGAGGCCAGUCUGAUCUUGUAGUCCUGAGUUUCAUUCAGUAAUCCACAGCAGCCAGAGUGGUAGUUCUAUCUCUGUUAAAGGGCUAGUACACACUUGGUUGCUUCUGCCGUCACCUCUUGUAGAAAAGAUACUUUCAUGGCACGAUUGUGUUGUUCUUACAUCAGGCAGGUGCAGGGAAGCGGUUGAUUGUGGAAACCCUAUAAAUUUGUUGUCUUCCUUGCUCCUGGUUUCUCAAAGCUCCCAUCUCUGCUGCCCAUGACUACAUGAGCUAGUGUGCAUUUCUAGCUUCCCAGGACUUCUCCUGUAAUCUUAUUAGGGGUCAACCUGUUACACCAGGGCUUUAUUCACUCCUCUGUAUAAACAGUCUAACCUGUAUCUGAACAUAUUGCUUUUUUCCAGUGAUAUAGAGAGGAUCUUGUGCUCAGGCCUUAAAUGGGUUAUUCCACCAAAAGUAUUUAACACAAAAGUCCUCGAGUCCCCUCUGAAUGAGGUAGUUUGUCUUCCCACCACUCUAUUCACUUCUGUGGGUGACUGAUGUAGCACUGUCCAGGUCAGUGAAUGGAGCGGUGGACACACAUGUGUACAACUGCUCUGUUCAGAGAGGGAACUUGGGAACUCGUGAGAUAGCUAGAGGUCCCAGUGGUUGGAACCCUCAUGAUCCAAUAUGUACCAUCUUGUGGACAGAUGAUAAAUACUUUUCAUGGGAUAAACCUUUAAACACAAAAGGACCUAGGCCUUGUUGCAAUCAGAUACUGGCGGGGGGUGAUUUGGUUAUUUGAAAAAUAUCAGCUUUUUUUUCUUGGCAGAAACAGUGCUGCUCUUGCACAUGGGUUUUGACUAGUAUUGCAUCUCAUCCUUACUUGAAUGGGCUGCAAUAUCAGACACAGCCUGUGCAAAAAGUUGCACUUUUUGUGACAUACUGUACGUAAUCUCAUACACAUCUCUUCACUAUACAAAUGGAUUCCCCUCCCCAUUUUAAGCAGUGGUUGUCUUUACCUGGCUGGAUAAAUGACUCCAGCCUCUUGUGAUACCUUAAUAUUUCCUCCCAUAAGCCAUCAAUGUAUUUUGGAUGUCAGUCGGAGAGAAUUCGGCAGUUUUAUUUUUUUGAAGGAUAGUCUCUUCCAUUUUUUUUUUUUUUUUUUCUGCUGUUUUGCCAUCCGAUUUUACUUUUGUGGUUAUGGAGUGCAGUUCUCGCUGGUGCUGUUCCUUAUUUUGUGUAGUGCACUGCUAGUUAUAACAGCUCCUGAGAGUGUGUGCGCGUGUAGCUGCAUAUGGAUGUAUUGCUGAAGCUUAGUGCGUUCUGUAUCAUAUUAGACUUACAUAUUUUUUAUCUGUAUUUUAUAAACUGUAUCAUUCCCACCAAAAGUCCUGGAAUAAAAGGUUGAGCCAUGGA